UUCAAUGAUAUGUCGAGUUUAUACAUGAUUUUCGGCAUCUAGUAUGUAACGCUAGAGCAAGAAUGAUGAUCGCGUUGCACGUGCUAUUGACGGAUACUGCAGAAAUGCACGACUCCGAAAUGCCAUCCACGCUGCCAUCUUGAAUCAGCUGUCAAGCAGACGAUACGCAGCGUUUAACGCAUUAUUUGAUCUCCUGUGGGACAUGGAAAUAUCUGAAGACGAUAUACAAAUAAGAAAUCAACCAACAGACUUACUCUCAAUAUACAAUAAACAGGAGAAUGAUGAAUCUGAAGCAGAUCUUAAUGAAGUCCAGAUAAUUACGUCAGCGGGACAUUUUUGUGCUAUCGAGAUCAGAGAAACCAAGAACUACAAUGAGAAAUCAAUCGACAAGGACCAAAGUGAGGCGAAUGAAUCAAAUCCUUCAGAACCAACUUUAGAGAACAUACAGCAUACCGAGAAUGGUGCUAUUACUAAUGUAUUAACUGAUCCAAUUUAUUUAGAUACCUUGGACUCUGAUUCCAUAAAUAUCGAGUUUCAGAAACAGCCAAAUACAACGGAAGUAUUCAUUCGGAAUGACGAACAGAUACAAACAACAAAUUAUAAUAUAUCUACAGUAACGAUACCGAAUGAACUUUUGGAUGGACUCAACAUUAAUAUAAAAAAGGAAGAUGAUGAGGAUCAUGGCACAUUAUAUACUGCAGAAUGGUUAUGUGAUGGCAAUAACGACACCAACAUACGACUGAGGAUCUUGAAGGAUGCUAAACAGAAUAUACAAAUUCCCAUUGAUGUUUACACUAAUGAUGUGAUUGCGUUAACAAAACGUAAGAGCCAAUUAACGGAUGAUAAAGAUAGUCUUGAACAGGAAAAGACUAAAGUAUCUAGAAGAUCAAAAAAACACGUCAGGCUAAAGUCCGCCGCACACCAUCAAGAUUACAGGGAAAGAUUGCAGAAAAAGGCUGAAUGUAUGAGAGAGAAACGGAAAAAAUUAUACGAGCAAGAGAGCGAAGAACAACGUUUGCAGAGGUUGGCAAAGGAAGCGGCAAAGAGACGCGAGAUGAGAAUGUAUUACGAGACGCCAGAGCAACGGAGAAAACGACUCGAUGCUGAAGCAGCAAGAAAAAGAGAAUACAGGAUGUACAGCGAGACGCCGGAAGAUAAGAGAAAGCGACUGGAUCGUGAGGCCGAGAGAAGGAGAAUUAAGAGAUUGUCAUUAUAUGCAAAUGAAACACCAGAACAGAGAAGAGAAAGAUUGAAUAAAGAGUCAGCAAAGAGACGAGAGGCCCGAUUGAAUCAGUACGCUAAAGAGACAGAGGAGGAAAGGAAGGAAAGACUGCGAAAGGAUGCACUGAGAGCCAGAGAAAUGAGAUUUACAAGAUCCGCCAUCGAAACAGAAGAGGAGCGUAGGCAAAGGUUAGUAAAGGAUGCCCUUAGAAAGAGGGAGGUAAGGAUGCAUGGGGAUCAUUCGGUGAACAAUAAUUUUACGGAACUCCAAACCGUUCGCAAUUUUCAAGAAUUGAACGAUGUGCAGAUAAGGGACAAUCCUGAAAAUCAAUUGGACGGCCAUUAUCUGAGCAACUGGAUGAUGUGGUUUCAAAAUACAUUGACACAACCGAUUCACAAUAAAGAUCAAGUCGCAGAGCCGCAACCGCAGCAUAAUAGAUAACUUUCAUAAUGUUUCCUGUCAGAAGCAAACUUUCAAGACUUUCAUUUGAACGAUAUUGAUAAUAGAGAUCAAUCUAGAUAUGCUUUAUAUAUGCUUCCCAUACAAUUCCUCGACGUGAAGCGACACAAAAAAUCGUGACAA